GAAACUUUGAAAUUGUUGGACGCAUGUUUGCCACAAUGAUUCUUCAAGGUGGUGAAGUGCCUCGUGCUCUUUCAAGUACAGUUUGCAAAUAUAUUGAAGGUGGAAAAAUAGAACCAAAGUUGGAAGAAGUGGUUGAAAUAACUGUAAGGAAUUCUCUUAAAAAGUUGCAAGAAGCAGACACCCAACAAGAUGCAAACAAUGCCUUUGCAGAAUGUUCAGACUGGCGUGUUGAAAUUGAUGGUCUACCAUCAUCUCUUAAACUAGAGAAUAAAGACCUUUUUUUGAAAGAAGUCAUAGAAUACUUUGUUGUGAUCAAAUGCAAGCCGAUGCUUGAUCAGCUGCUUGAUCGGUUGAAAUAUUACAAUGUGUUGGAACUACUUAGAGCACAUAAAGGCAUGGCACAACACAUUUUCAUGUAUGACCCAGAUGAUAAACUGGAUGUGAAAAAGCUGCUUAAAAUUUUAAAACCAAAUUUAGCACCAAUUGGAAAUAUAAGGAGGCAAUCAGAGGAAAUAGUGAUGGCAAAAUUUAUUUAAUUUCUAAAGGCCGC